AUGGCAAGCACGGACCUGGUUGUGUUCUUUCUGGCACUGAUGGUGGUGUGUCUGAGAUUGUGGCACACAGCCACAUCUCUCUCCAGGGACAUUACCACCACCAUCAGAGGAGACAUCCUACUGAAGAGUUUGCUAAGCAUUGCGAGCACGCCGCACACAGGAAACAUGAGGGUGAUGCGGCAGGUGCUCAGCAUGUACAUCAACAGGGUUAGUGUGAAGCCUGUAAGAGGCGGUGACAUUGCAGCGAUGGUGUUGCAUGGGUUAAGCCUUGCGGAACGAACAGUUUCUGCCAGCUUGACUACCUCCUUUUGCUUGAUUUUACUAUUUCUCAAUGGGAUCAUGUUGUUCACUUUGAGUAACAGAUGUAUGUUUCGGGAGACAUCGCGCUACAUCCUGCUGUAUAACCUGUUGCUCGGGGACACGCUGCAACUGGUCGUCUCUCAACUGAUGUAUUGUUUGACCUCCUUUCGCAUCACCCUAACGUAUCCUGCGUGUGGUAUACUGGUCCUUCUCGGUAAUCUCUUCAGUAAGAUUUCUCCUUUGGUUCUGGUGGCUAUGUCGCUGGAGAGAUAUGUGGCUGUGUGCCACCCUCUCAGACACGCCUCCAUCAUGACCAGAGGGAACACAGUGAGGACCAUGCUUGGAAUGUGGACCGUAUGUUUUAUAAUUCUUCUGAUUCAAGACCUAUUAAUUUUGAUGUUUCCUUUUGAACAGCUGGAGAGUCUCCAAAUGACACAGCCAUGCAAUUCCAUCGCUAUGUCCCUCCUGCCAAUGACUGAAAUGUUCCAAAAUACCUACUCGGUUUUUGUGUUCUUUGUUGCAGGCCUGGCCAACAUUUCCAGCUACGUUGGCAUAGUCAUAGCAGCCAGAUCGGCAGCCACGGACAAAGUCUCUGCGCGUAAAGCAAAAAGCACAUUGCUGCUGCACCUGGUGCAGCUAAGCCUCAGCCUUUUGUCUGUGAUCUACCCCAACAUCCUCGUAAUUCUCUCAACUUUGUUGAACUGGGUAGCUUUUAACCAAAUACAGAUCUUUCUGUUUGUGUGCUUUUUCUUACUGCCCAGAUCUCUGAGCUCACUCGUCUAUGGGCUGAGAGAUCAAAGCCUCCGAAUUGAACUCCUCUAUCUAUUCUGCUGUCGCACCAAAGGGCCGGUCAAAGCUGUUGUGUCCUAA